UUAUCUGCACCAAUACCCAAGACAACAGGAAUGGCUGUCUCAGUUCUCCGCCUGAUGGUUGUCCUGGGACUGAGUGCCCUAAUCCUGACAUGCCAGGCAGAUGACAACCCACAUGAAAAUGACAACCCAGACAGCAAGCCCGAUGACUCUAGUAAAAAUCCAGAACCAGGCUUCCCCAAAUUCUUAAGCAUCCUGGGUUCAGAAAUCAUUGAAAAUGCAGUGGACUUCAUCCUUCGCUCCAUGUCCAGGGGAUCAAGUUUUAUGGAAGUUGAAGACGAUCCUGGACAGCAACCUUCAAAAGUGUCCUCCUAAGGGCACACCCGUUUGGCAACCAUGCAGAUCAAGGACAGCCAGAUCCUGAACAUCCAGUUCUGUUUCACAAGUUGUGCAGAUCCAAAGACCUCAAGGCAGCUCCCAGCAAGUCACUGGGAAUUGAGCCCCAGUUUCAGUCAACUAUAAUUCAAUCGAGCUCUUUGACUUUGCAUUCCUCUUUCUGCAAAGUCAGAAAAUAAGUAUCCUCUUAGAGUUUUAGGAUUACACACCUGGCUUCAUAGAUAUUUUUGUGUUUCCUAGGAAUUUUCCAUGCUGUAUUUCAUUUUCUAAUGAGGGAAAAAUGAGAUUAUAUAUGACAUAUGCUUAUGUGCAAAAGCUAGGUCAAGGUUUCUUCAUGUAUGCAAUACAUACAUAUUAACAGACUCUAAAAGAUAAAAUAACAUAUUUAUAAUAAAAA